AUGAGUUAUGAAAAGUCGAAGGAUCUAUUCUUGGGAUUUGAUUUAUCAACCCAACAAUUGAAGAUUAUUGCGACGAAUGAAAAUUUAGAACACUUAGAGACAUUCCAUGUCGAGUUUGAUGAUUUAUACAAAGAGAAAUAUGGAAUCAAGAAGGGAGUUAUUAGUAAUGAUGAAACUGGUGAAAUUGUGUCUCCGGUAGCUAUGUGGUUAGAUGCUUUGGAUACUAUAUUUGGAAAGAUGAAAGAGAAGGAGUUUCCGUUUAAUAAAGUAAGGGGGAUUAGUGGAUCCGGACAACAGCAUGGAUCGGUGUACUGGUCCAAUAAUGCUCCUACAUUAAUGCAAAACUUGAACACGGAUAGCCCUCUUAGCGAACAAUUGAAGGAUGCAUUCACAUUUGAAAAUUCACCAAACUGGCAGGAUCAUUCAACAGGAGAAGAAAUCAAGACGUUUGAAGAAGCCGUGGGUGGUAGUGACCAAUUGGCAGACAUAACCGGGUCUCGCGCCCAUUAUAGAUUUACUGGUUUACAGAUUAGAAAACUAGCUGUUAGAACCAACCCUUCAAAGUAUAAAGAAACUUAUAGAAUUUCGUUGGUUUCGAGUUUCAUGGCUAGUGUACUUUUAGGAGAGAUCACUAACAUUGAACAAGCAGAGGCUUGUGGAAUGAAUCUUUAUGAUAUCAAGAAGAACGACUAUGACGACGAAUUGUUAUCGUUGGCAGCUGGAGUUCAUCCAACUAAAGAUGGUGCAACUAAAGAACAGACGAAAGCCGGUGUCUCCGAAUUGAAAAAGAAGUUGGGUGAAAUUAAACCUAUUUCUUAUGAAAACUCUGGAGAUAUAUCUCCAUAUUUUGUUAAUAAGUAUGGAUUUAAUUCAGACGUUAAAAUUUAUUCUUUCACAGGUGACAAUUUGGCUACAAUAAUUUCAUUACCUUUGGCACCCAAUGAUAUUUUAACUUCUUUGGGUACUUCGACAACAGUAUUAUUGAUUACUGAGAACUAUAUUCCAUCUUCCCAAUAUCAUUUAUUUAAACAUCCUACUAUGCCUAAUAACUAUAUGGGUAUGAUUUGUUACUGUAAUGGCUCAUUGGCAAGAGAAAAGAUUCGCGAUUCAGUAAACGAGAAGAAUGGGGUCAAAGAUUCUAAGAGUUGGGAUAAGUUUAAUGAGUUAUUAGAUUCUUCCGAUACGUUUAAUAAUGAAUUGGGUAUUUACUUCCCAUUAGGUGAAAUUGUUCCAAAUGCUUCAGCCCAGUAUAAAAGAUGCAAAUUAGAUGACCAAAAUAAACUAAUUACUGUAGACUCUUGGGACGUUGAAGAAGAUGUAAGUUCAAUUGUCGAGUCGCAAACCUUAAGUUGCAGAUUGAGAGCUGGACCAAUGAUAAGUAGUUCUGGGUCAGCUAAUUCUACCCCAAGUCCUGAAUCAUCUGGUUCACGCAAAUUAUACCAAGAUUUGCAUCAAAGGUUUGGCGAUUUAUAUACUGAUGGUAAGAAGCAAACUUUUGAAUCAUUGACCUCCAGACCACACAAAGUUUUCUUCGUUGGUGGUGCAUCCAAUAAUAUAAGUAUAGUGAAGAAAAUGGGUUCCAUUUUGGGUCCUACUGAUGGUAACUAUAAGGUAGAAAUCCCAAAUGCUUGUGCAUUAGGUGGCGCAUAUAAAGCAAGUUGGAGUCAUCACUGUGAAUCAGAGGAAAAAUGGAUUAAUUAUGAUACUUACAUUAAUAAGUAUUUUAAUUUUAAAGAAUUGGAUACUAUUAAAGUCAAAGAUCACUGGCAAGAUUACUUUACGGGUAUGGGAAUGUUAGCUAAGAUGGAACAAGAAUUAAAACAUGAUUAG